UUCACCACACAAUAUCAAGAAAAUUACUAGCCUCAAGCAAACACUCUUCUCUUGAACUCCCACGUAUUUGAUAAUUUUAGGAUGGCUCCGAAACUUGAUAACCCAAAUGGGCCAUUUUUGGCGAAGCCCUUGUUUCGACAUGAUAGGGCUUACGUCACGUUUUUGGCCGGAAAUGGCGACUAUGUGAAAGGUGUUGUAGGGUUGGCCAAGGGUUUACGUCAAGUCAAGGCGGCGUAUCCACUUGUGGUGGCGGUUCUGCCUGAUGUGCCGCAAGAACAUCGUCGUGUGCUGGCGGAGCAAGGUUGUAUUGUUAGAGAAAUCGAACCUAUUUAUCCGCCGGAUAAUCAAACUCAGUUUGCCAUGGCCUAUUAUGUCAUCAACUACUCCAAGUUACGUAUUUGGCAGUUUUUGGAGUACAGUAAGAUGAUAUAUUUGGACGGAGAUAUUCAAGUUUUCGACAACAUUGACCAUCUGUUUGACCUCCCGGACGGCUACCUCUACGGCGUGAUGGACUGCUUCUGCGAGAAAACAUGGAGCCACACACCUCAAUACAAGCUUGGGUACUGUCAACAAAGCCCGGAAAAGAUUAAGUGGCCCGUGGCAGAGCUAGGGCAGCCACCGCAGCUUUAUUUCAAUGCUGGGAUGUUCGUGUUCGAACCAAAUUAUUCCACUUACGAACGACUUCUUGAAACUCUCAAGAUCACUCCUCCUACGCCUUUUGCCGAACAGGAUUUUUUGAAUAUGUUCUUUAGGGAUGUGUACAAGCCGAUUCCGCUAAUUUAUAAUCUUGUUCUUGCGAUGUUGUGGCGGCAUCCGGAGAAUGUGGAACUUGAUAAAGUGAAAGUUGUGCACUAUUGUGCGGCGGGGUCUAAACCGUGGAGGUAUACCGGCAAAGAAGAACAUAUGGAAAGGGAAGAUAUCAAAAUGCUGGUCAACAGAUGGUGGGAAAUCUACAAUGAUGAAUCACUAGACUACAACAAGAAAGCGGCGGUCGCAAAUGCAGACCCGGUGAAUAUUCUGGCUGUUGCUCUUUCAGGGUCUGCUGCAGUGCUCGGAGCACCUGCGGCGCAGCCAAAAAGAGCCGCUAAUUAUCUCAUGGCACCCCCGGCAGCAUAGUGUUUGUAACAAUGUAUGAUGUAU